UCGACGCGGGAGUUGCGCUGAAAAUCUUCUUUCCAAGGCGCGACAUGAUUUCGCUUCGUUAUGGAGUAACGAUCUCGAUCCGAAGGAGAAUUCUGCAACGGCAGAUGAAACUCUGCGAGCAUGAACUUCUGUAUUUAUUACUUUUAGCAUGCCUGGUCCGGGCAGUUGACAGCAGCUCCUUAGCCCAUCUCCAGAAAAGCUCCCAAGGCUUGGAACAUCUGGAACUUCCAGAUGUAUAGGCUAGAUUAGGAAGUUGAAAAAGCAUAUUGGAUGCAAAUCACUUCCUUAGUGUUGCCCAGGAAACUAAAGGGAGUGUUGAACAUGACACGUUUUUGACCUGUUAUAUUGAAGAGAAAGACUGUUAUCUACUAAAUUCCUCCCGGUUAAUGUUGGUGGGAACAAAUGAUAUUUUCCAGCAGCAACUAGCAGAAACUAUUCUUAAGGAAAAACAAGAUUUGAAAAUAAAUAUUGUUUUUUUUUUUAGCCAUUUGGCAGCUUCUCUUCCUCUACCUGUGGAGAGAGACCACAUUCGACCAAGGAUUGAUUUGAUUGUCUUUAUGAUUAACAUUCAAAGCAAAUACAGUUUUGAGGAUAUAGAAGCUUCCCUGAUACAUGUAGAUGCAAACUUUUUCCUUGGAAAAGUGUGCCUUCUGGUUACUGGUGUAGGUAGAAUGAAUCAAAUCAGUGUGGAUAUGGAUGCUAUCUGGAAGCUAGCAGAUCGUUACUGUAGCCCUGUCUUGUUCUGUGAGCUUGAAUGCGAAAAGGUCAGAACUGUCACAGCUCAGAGACUUCUCCGGAUGUUACAAGUAUGCGCUGGUCAUGUACCGGGGAUCUCUUCCCUCUCUUUCAGUUCUUUAAUGAAAAGCUCCAUUGAUGACUCAAACUAUAUGGCAUAAAACAUUUUUCAGUUUUAUUAUCUGUGAUUUCUGAGGGAACUGAAUUUUUCUUUUUUAACAUAAGCAUCACUCUGUCAGAAAUAAGUCUUAUGUACUAUUUUUCAUAAGGGACAGGAGCUGGAGAAAUAGACUUUAGGUGUCUUAAAGAAACCAAAUUAGCCUGCACUUCUCAGGCAAUUUGGAGUUGGGAUUGUCUUAGUCGGACAUCUUAUGUUCCCAUAUAUGUUUGGCCUAAUUAGGGAACUGUGAUAUCCCAUUCUCAGAGCCUAGUUCUCAGGUAUAGAGCAGGCAGCCAAAAUGGUUGAUAUGUAAGCCCAGGUACAAUACAUGCAAAUUGUUGUUUCCAGAAUGAAUUGCUAGAGCAAGUUUCUUAAUUCCAGUUAUGUACAGAUAAAUAUCUCCAGUGUCUUCAGGAUCUUCAUUGAGAAAAGUGUCUUUCUCACAGAUCUGUAUAUCAAGCAAAAUGAAAGCCUUGCAGUCUUUAACAAUAAGCAUUAUUCUAUAAAGCAGAACCUCACCGAUACGUUGGGCAAAAAAAAGAGUAGAUAUUUGAUUAAUUUUAGAGCAACUGGCCUUUUGGAUAAUUAGAGAUACAUAUCCAAUCAAACUGAACUAUAUUAUUUCCAUUCAUAAUAGCAAAACAGUAUCAGAAAAUCAAGAUUUAGCAUCAAGAUAGUGCAGCUUCUUUAAGACUGUUUUGUAUGGAAAACAAGCAUUUUUUUCAGAAGAGUUUAGCUUUUCUAUUCUUGAGAUUAAUGAUUGGAUCUGUAAUUGUAGAUAGCUUUAGAAGUAUUUGGCGUUAGUUGUGUUAAAAGUCUUCUUUGUUAUUAAAAAAAGAUGUUCUACUUGCAACAUAGUCUGUGUAUUAAAGGAUCGACCUUCUAAUCUGUAAUCCUACACAACUGAAUGUGGAAGCAUUGUAGUAAUACCUU